AUGGAAAAAAAUUCUGAAUCAAUAAAAUCAUUGAAACGACCAAAAAAGCAGUUCUUUUUCCCGAUUGAUAAAUUAACGUCUACUACUUCUACCAAACUACUGAAUAAAAAUGAAGCCGUCAUAAAACCAGUGGAUAUAAAUACGUUAAAAUCAAAUAUUCAACCAGUUCAGGAAAUCAAGAAGACAAGUCCCAAAUCAAAACAAAAGAAACGGAAGCACGUUCAAGUGGUUACAGACAAUUCUGAUGAUAGUUUCGAUGGGAUACGGUGGAAGGAGAGUCCUGAAAAUCAAAACAACCAUAAGGGUGUGCAGCUUAAGCAUUCAAACAUUCAAAACUUUUCAUCGCCUUUGAAGAAUUUAACUCAAUCUAAAUCAAGUCUACAAGAUGAUUCUUCUAAUGAAUUAUUGACCCGUUAUGGCACUGAUUUCAACAACAUGUAUUUAAGGUCACCCAAGCUACUCAAAAGCUGUUCAGAUCUUAGUUUUAGUAAACAAACCUCCUGUCCACCGGGUCUCAAACGAACAAAAUCUAAUGAAGUUGAAAAUCUACGACCGUCAAUUUCUGAUUCAUUUCACGGUAAAUUGAAUGGUUGGAUCAACAAACUAGGUGGUGAAAAAGAAGGUUCUGUUGCUCAUGAUGAACCGAAUCAGCAAGUUUCUAAUAAGGAAUGUCUCCUACAACUGUCACCAACUGGCAAUUGCUUCAAUGACUCGAUACAAUCAAGUGAUCCUUUUUUGGAUGAUGACGACGAACUAAUACAAAUCCUUACUCAAAACAUACAACUUCAAAAUGAUACAAAGAAACUUCAAAUUCUUGAUUCAGAACCAAAUAAUUUGUUCUCCGAGGACCCGUUUUCAGAUGAUAUAGAUCCGGAAGUCAUCGAUUCAUUAACUGUAACUAAAGCACCAAAUGGUAAGGUUUUCAGUAAAUCUUUCAAAAACAGUGAAACAGAUCAGACGGAAAGACGUGCAUUCUCAAUAAAAGAAGAUGAAUUUGGUCCGUUAGCAUAUGACAGAGACAUGCUUCGAAGAUGUAAAAUUAAAUCAUUCACCGAGCAGUUAUAUAUGAAAACCAAAAAACAAUUAGUUCUAGCAGUUCAAGAGUCAAAUGGUGAGGAAUCAAAGUACAUAGUUAGGGGGGAAUAUUGUGAAUUGAACUUUAAAGAAAAUGAUAUUUUGAACAUAAUUUUAACUGAUAAAGACCAUCCUAGAUUAAUUGAUGAUACCCAUAACUUACUUAUCUGGAAUCCCGAUAUUAUAUUAUCCGCCACCACAAUAGCACAACAAUUAUCUUGUUCCAGAAAAACAGUCAUAACAUCGAGAUAUAAAUUUCCAGGGACAACAAGCAUACCUCUUAUAGUUGGAGAAAUGGUUCAUUUGAUAUUCCAAGAGUGUAUGAUCACCGAGACCUGGUCUUUAGAGUUUAUGCAUGAAGUUUUUGAUAAUAUAAUUGAUCAGUACUUGGUCAGUUUGUUUAGUAUUGAGAAAACCGUUGAAGACGCUAGAGUUGAAGCUUCUAAGCAUUUUGAAUAUCUAAAUACAUGGUUCAACAAAUACUACAAAAAAGCUCCAAACGCAAAUACUAUGAUUGAAAAUUGGUUAGAAAAUAACAAAAUCGGUUUUGGGGUUCAAGAUAUAUUGGAUAUUGAAGAAGAAAUUAGGUCACCUGUAUAUGGAUUGAAAGGGAAAAUCGACGCAACAAUUAUAGCUGCUUUAAAGAAUCUGAAAACGAGAGGAAACUAUCUUUUUCCCAUGGAGAUCAAAACUGGGAGGGAGUACAUUAGUCACAGUGCACAAGCAUCAUUAUAUGCUUUGUUAUUUAAAGACAGAUAUGACAUGGAUAUAAAUUCUUUUAUUCUUGUUUAUACUAAGGAGGAGCUAACAAAAAAAUGUAACAUAAGGAUAUCUGAUUUAAGAUCAUUAAUCAAUUUGAGAAAUCGAGUUUCUGAACAUUUUAAAUCAGGAGUCUCCCUACCUGAUUUAAUAAGAAAAUCAGAUUGUGAAAGGUGUGAAAUUUUAUCUGGUUGUAUGACUUUAAAUUAUUUGGUUGAAGAUGGUACGAAGGAAAAUUCAGGAAUAGAAGAGGAUGAAUACAGCACUAUAACUGCUGGAUUAUCUGAUCCAAAAUUUAAAGAGUUUUUCAAAUAUUGGGAUUUUCUCAUUGCAAAAGAAGAAGAAUUGAUGGGAAAAAGUUUGAAACAAUUGUGGAAUGUACCAUCUCAUUUACGUCAAGAAAGAGGCAAGUGUUUUGAUAAUUUAAAAAUAAUCGAAUCGAAUGAGGAUGAAAAUCUGAUAUUUUAUUAUAGAAAUGUGAAAAGUGAAAAAACAAAUGCUAGACAAUUUUUGUAUACAUUUGCAAAAGAUCAAGUUGGCCCAAGUUUCAAUUUCUUAUCUUCAAAAUUUACAUACAAUGAUAGAGUAAUAAUAAGUGAUCAAGACGGUCAUUUUGCUGUUACCACUGGUUUUGUCAAAGCAAUAUCGAAGCUGCAAAUAGUAAUUAGUACAAAAAGAAGAUUGACGACUCAUGAUCAAAAAUUAAAAAAUUUCAAUAAGAAAAACAAUCAAAUGAUUGAAAGUUUAAUUCAUGGAAAACCUAACUUUCGAGCUAAUGGAGAAAAAAGAUUUAUAGUAGAUAAGGAUGAAAUGUUUUAUGGUUUGGGUUUAGCAAGAUUCAACAUUUUGAACUUGUUUUUGACUGGAUCACCUCCUAAAUUAAAAAAUUUGAUUGUGAACUUGAAGGAGCCUCAAUUUUCAAGCGAAGAUAGCUUCAAGUAUGCUGGUACCACUAACUUCAAUACUUGUCAGUCCAAUGCAAUCAAGAAGGUCUUUUCUGCUGAUGAUUACGCUUUAAUUUUGGGAAUGCCAGGAACUGGUAAAACAACCUUGAUUGUUGAAAUUAUAAAAGCCAUCGUGUCACAAGGUCAAACGGUUUUAAUUUCAUCCUACACCAAUUCUGCGGUUGACAACAUCCUUUUGAAACUCAUUGAUAAAAUAGCUAAAAAUGAUAAUGUUAAAAUUUUGAGGGUUGGUCAUCCACUGAGAGUAAAUAAAGCGUUACAUGAUUACAUUCCAGAUUUCAAAGAGCCUAUCAAGUCAAAAACUCAGUAUGUUGAAACGUACUCGACCCCAAACGUUGUGGCAACUACAUGUUUGGGAGUUGCUGACCAUUGCUUUAAUUUAAGAAAUGAAUUUGACUAUUGUAUUGUGGAUGAAGCUUCUCAAAUAACCUUACCAAUAAAUUUGGGACCUAUAAGCUUAGCCAAAAAAUUUGUAUUGGUUGGAGAUCAUUAUCAAUUGCCUCCUUUAGUCUUACAUCCUAAUCCAGAAGUGAAAUCUGGAUUAUCACGAUCAUUAUUCAGAAUUUUAUCAGAGGCACACCCAAAUGCAUUAUGUGAAUUGACAGAUCAAUAUAGAAUGUGUGAAGAGAUUAUGCAAGUUUCCAAUGUUCUAGUUUAUGACAAUAAACUCAAGUGUGGAUCUCAAGAAGUAGCGAAACAAAGUUUAAAGAUACCAAAUCCAAAUGCAAUGUUAAAAAUUUCACAACUGGAAGUUCCUGAACAAUUCAAAUGGAUGGACAAUUUAAUUUUUGAUGAAACCAAAAAAGUUUUGUUUUUGGACCACGAUACAAUUCCAGCAAGAGAGACUGUAUUUGGUGAAUCAAUUCAAAAUCCAAUUGAGGCUAAACUUAUCCAUCAAACUGUAAAGGCUUUGGUCACUGCAGGAAUAGAUGAAUCUCAAAUUGGUGUAAUGUCGUUUUAUAGAUCACAAUUGGAACUUUUGAAAAGAAACUUGUCAUCUAAAACCGAUCUUGAGAUUUUAACUGCUGAUCAGUAUCAAGGUAGGGAUAAACAAUGUAUCAUUAUAUCAUUAGUCAGGUCUAAUGAGGAAAGAAAUCCAGGAGAUUUGAUGAAAGAGUGGAGAAGACUUAAUGUUGCUGUAACAAGAGCAAAAUCAAAACUUAUAAUACUUGGAUCAAAAUCUACUUUAACUUCCGCCGAUAUCACGAACACAUUUAUUGAAUUUUUAGAACUGAAAAACUGGUUGUACUCACUUCCUCGCAAUGCGGAUGAUAUUUACGAUAUACCACAGUCUGUCAAUAACUCACCAAUCAAGAAAAAGGUUAAAUCUACUGGAACUUUGAAACUGAACCCUAUGCUAAAAAAUAUUAUGGACGAGAUAUUAAAUUAA